AUGGAGUUAGAAAGCUCUUACAAAUUUGCUCCUUAUAUCUUGAGGAGUGUAUUUGGUGAUGAGACUGAUGUUCUCGAGCUCUUGGUCGUUUCCGUUCAUGAAGCUUUCUCAGAGUCUGGUCUUGUUGGAUUUGAUUCGCAUAUCAAAUUUGUAUCAGACUUUGGAUCAGCAGAGAUUUGCCUGGUUUUGGAUUUGCUGCGGAGAAAUUGUCUUGAGGAGGACAGGAUGAGUGAAUUUUAUCAUUUAUGGAAAACUGUCAAGGAUCGGAUUGUUUUGCCAUUCUCCAUACAACGUACCGAGAAGACUAGUGCUACUCUUCCGUCUUGCGUUAUGCACCCAUCAUCAGAUCUGAAGCUCGAGAUUUUGGAGUUACUUCCUGCCAGCGAUGUUGCGAGAACUGCAUGUGUUAGUUCGAAGAUGCAGAGUUUGUGUUCGAACAAUGAUUUAUGGAAGCAGAAGUAUGUGGACGAGUUUGGAUAUGAAUCCGAAACACAAAGCUUCGGCAAUUGGAAAAGCAGAUUUGGCUAG